AUGAGUGCGAAUCAGUCACGUCGGAGGACAGAUCUGGGCUCAAGUCUCGAGGGCAGCACGAAACCCAAGACAGACAACAGAUUACCUUAUCAAGGGGGAGAGCUUGACAAGAAUAGCUUGCGACUGGUUGAGAUACAGCCGGCCGCACACGAGAGCGACCCUGUGGUCUGCACGCUGUCUGAAGUCACCUUCGGCAGCAGGCCCAAGUUCGAGGCACUGUCAUACAUGUGGGGUACAGAGAAGGCGGACGAUGCCAUCACCCUGAACGGCCACCCAUUCGAGGUCGGGAAGAAUCUUCUAGAUGCUCUCCAUUUCCUCCGCAGUCAGGCCAUGUCCAAGAAGACGUGUCAACUGUUUUGGAUCGACGCCAUUUGCAUCAACCAGAGUGAUGUGGAGGAGCGGAACCGGCAAGUCAGAAUCAUGGACCAAAUCUACUUCAGGGCCGACACCGUCGUGGUUUGGCUGGGAAGCAAGUACACAGAGUUUCAAAAUGAAAUUACAGAUGAGCUGAAGUUAGAGAAGAGCGAGAGGCCAGGGGAGGACUCCUCUCAGAGCAUUAACAAUGCUCAGCAGAAGAUGGUUAGACACUUGCGAACUGACCCUUAUUGGGAUCGCCUCUGGAUACUGCAAGAGAUUGGGCGGGCGAAGAAGCUCCGAAUCUGCUUUGGAAAUAACACUUUCUCGUGGGAACAUUUCAUGCGCCUCAUCACGAUGCACAACAGUGAUGGGGCCACUGGGCCACUAAGGCUGAACAGAUUGCUCCGUGAAGAGAAAUAUAACGACUCCCACACUCUCAAGAGAUUACUCGAGGAGAACAGAGAAGCGAAAUGCUCGGAACCAAGAGACAAGGUCUAUGGGCUGAUUGGACUUGCCUCGGACGCCGGGGAGUUUCCGAUAGACUACAAAAAGUCCCUUUACGAAGUUUGGAAGGAUACGAUGGAGUUUAUGAAUAAGUGGAAUCUUUUCAAAGAUGAAUCCCAGAUUCUUCCGAUGGGAGCUCUGGUGAAGAGCCUCCUCAUGGCGAAUCACAGCGAUCCCCUUAGUCAACUCUCGAAAGAACACAAAGACCAAGUCGACUCAACCCAGCUUAUCGACAAUCCGAAAAAUCCCCUUGUCUUCCGCCUCAAGGCAGCUGCAAUUGGAUGUAUCGUCUGCGUUGGGCCUUCGCCCAGUGAUGUCGUCUCUGGACCUGAUGAGGCGACUGGGUGGCGCACUGCUACACAACGUCUUUUUCCAGCGGAUGAACUAGGAUCAGCUCAUCAAGAGUACGAUAAAUUACUCCACGCCCUUCUAGAAUCAGACGAAUCCGAGAUUGAGAAGGCGUGCUUUAACAGGCCAAGUCCUGUCGUCUGGGAGCAGAGAAACACAUUGGAUUGGCAAUCCCGCAACCUGGAAAGCGUACAAGACUAUUUUAGGUGGGUUCAUCAAGUAACAAAGACCACUACCUUCAAAUGGAAGCAGAAGCCACAGGAAGUCACAGACCGAUUAGCACCAGUCCAGCCCCGGCUAUACUUGGCUAAAGAUGGCAAUCGUACACAACGGAAGAUGGGUCUCGCCUCGAGUCUCGUCCAACAGAAUGAUGUCGUCUUUCGAGUUCCGUCUGCAAAGAGAGCCCUCUUGGUCAGGGUUGUUCAAGAGGAAAAGUCGAAGUCUAAGGCAAGGGUGGUUGGCACGGCACUGACCACGAAAGAUAUGUGUAGCUCGACACCAGACAACGACUACACUGGAUGGACAACGACUGUGCACUUGGAUGCAGGCACAUUAUUUAUGCUUUUAGAGUAG